GCUAGUUGGAAUGAAGUUGCAAUACCCUUCCAUAAAAUCGAUUUUGACAAAAACGCUGUCGUUCAUGGGCGAUUUGGCUACGUCCAACGAGGAUAUCAUUUUGGCGAUGUAGCAAUAAAAUUCCUAGACAUGAACCACGUUGAAGAAUCUAGACGACUAGAUGAGUUCAAAUCGGAGGUAGCAGCCCACAAAAACACACGACACGACAAUAUAGUGUUAUUCCUCGGUUAUUGUCUUGAAGGAGACAAAUAUGGCAUCGUGAUGAGCUAUUGCAAGGGACCAUCGCUGCAUUAUCUUUUACAUGAAAAGAGUGAACCGCUUGAUAUAGGGGCCGCACUUGUAAUAGCUACUCAGAUUUGUCAGGGUGUCUCAUAUCUUCAUCAGAAGAAGAUUAUUCAUAAGGAUCUCCGCUCGAAAAAUAUCUUUAUUGAAAGCAAAAACAAGGUUGUCAUUACCGACUUUGGACUCUUCAGCAUGGGACGAUUACGCUAUCCACGAAGGAAUAACGCUAUAUGGACACCAUCACAUUGGUUGGCGUAUCUGGCACCAGAACUGAUCCGAUUGAUCGAUGAGGAGUGUAGCGACUUACCAUUUACCGAAAGUACUGACGUGUUUGCGUUCAGGUGGGGAUUCGUUUUUCUA